AUGGCUGGCGCUCCUGAAGUUGGCCCACCGUCAAGCCCCAGCUGCGGGACCUUGGAACUCUACUUUUCGGGUUCCCGACAAGGCGUUCGACUGCAACAUCUCGACUCCAGCGGAGUCGACUCCCACCGCGAGCAGUCCUUCGGGUAUCGGCUUGCCCUUGAACGGAAGGAAGCUUUGGCGUGGCACCUAGGGGCCAGCUUGGUGAAUGACUCAUUUGAAGAUGGGUUCAGGAAAGUCGACGUCCUGCAAGAUGUCGAACCUUCCAAGCUACAGUCAGAUGUGAUUAGUACCCGGCACUGUCUUGUGCGAGGGGUCACCGUUGGUUUGUCGGCUUCUGACUGCGACAUUAUCCGGUCUGGCUUGCUUCAAAGGCUUAUCGAGCCUUGGCCGCACCCCCAGGACCUACAGGCGGAGGUCGAGGCAGUGGAGGCCACGCUCCGACGCCUGUCAACGUGGAAACAAAAUGCACUGCAAGCCCCGAAGGAGGACGAGGCCCUCGCACGCGGCUUGCAGGAACGCCUCAUCUCAAUGCGCAAAGGCGCGGUGUCCCCACCAGAUAUUCGAACUUCUAAAGGUUUUAUAGAAUCUUUAGGCAGGAAUCUGAAAAAGACUUAG